AUGGGUCCGGCCUUGAGAAGAAGUUCGUAUAUUGACGAUAUCGCUCAUGGGGCGUCGACCUGGGACCAACUAUGUGAGGACUUGGACGCGUUGUUGUACAGACUACGAUACUGGAAUAUCUCUGUGAGCUUACGCAAAAGUGAAGUCGGAAAGUCCUUGUCGAAGAUUGUCAAAGGCAUAGAAUACUUGUCUUUCCCGUCAACGUACAAGGGAGUACAGUCCUUCUUAGGAAGUCUGAACUACUACAAUAAGUUUAUUGAAGACUUACCAGUAGUUGCAGCUGUACUCUACGAAUUAGACGAAGAACCUGUACGUGCUGGACGGAACCUGGAUGUCGCAAGGGAGUCUUUCGAGAUACUGAAACGUAAGAUCGUGUCUACUCCGUUGCUACGACAUCUAGACAGAGCCAAGCCUUUUGUGAUCAUUCCGCAUGUUAACCCGUGGACGGCGUGUGCAGUUUUGGAUCAGGAGUAUGAGGUUCUCAUACAUACAUUACGAUUCACUGGCAGGGUGUUGAAGGAAUCAGAGCUACGCUACCACAUAGCUGAGAAGGAAGUGCUCGCAAUCUUGCGGACUCUUGAACUUUUCAGACCUCUUAUCCAUGGAUUAGAAUUCUCAGUUGUGGUGUACACGCGCUACUCUGUACUAAAGUGGCAACUACAAUCCAACACUGCAGAUGGACGACAUCUGAAGUGGGGCUGGAACUAUCAAGAUGGACACUUGAAAUCCACUGGACUCAGAAAGAUGAGGACGGCCUCGCAGCCAUCUUUGGGUCUGGUAUUACUCCCAGAAACGCUGAUUCCUGCUCAGGGGCGUCUGAAAGUGAUGCCACCAGUGAGUCUGGAAAUGUUGGACGCACACUGCCAAGGUUACGUUCUGAGUUUUGAUGGCGUGGCGAAGGGGUCUACUCACCGAGGAAGUUGUGGAUGUAUACUGUGGAAGCUACCUGGGUGGCAGGUUGUGAAAGCGAAAGGACACAUCCUCGAAGGUGUAACACUAGCCUUGAAGUACGAUGUCAAGGAGCUUGUGGCAGCCGGAGAUUCCCGGGUUGUCGUCCAACAGGCUAAGGGUCUGAUCAAUUGCAACCAGCCCAACCUAGCUAAAUAUGAAGAUCUGAGGAAGGAUUUUGUGUCAGUUAAAUUGAUCCAUGUUAAACGUGAGUUUAACCAAGCGGCUGACUACAUGACUUCUAAGCCUCUCGUGCUCGGAGAAUCCUGGGAACUCAAUGACCCCGAUGAGAUAGUACAUCUACGUCUCGUAUCCAGAAUCCCAGAAAAGAUCAUGAAGCCUACAGAAAUCCCAAUUUCCCCUGCGACUGACACAGUUUGUUCAGACCAAGUCAAGCUCGGAGUGAAUAGUCCAGAUGACGGGAUACCAGAGUCCUUAGUUACCGCGGCUGAAGCAUUGAUGGUGAUGACGAGGUCACGUGCGGAAGCAGACGCAAGUUCUCGGACUCGUAUAGACCAGGCUGGAUACCAGGAUGAACGUUGGAGGAUAAUCAAGGUUCACCAAGACGAAGACUUGUGGAUCCAGCAAAUGAAGAAGGUUCUAAGGGGAGACGUGUUAAACCUUCCACGGAACCAGGCGAAGAAGGUUGCGAAGGUUUUCGAUCAGUUUGUGUUGGAUUCGCGAGACGUCCUCUACAGACUGAGCACACCCACCCCUAAUAGAGACCUCGCAAUAAACAGUCGUGGCUGGUGGUCCCAGAGACUUUAUGUGCUGAUAUGCUACACUACUCGCACGAAGAUUUUGAAGGCGGUCAUCAAGGAAUCAACAGGACGUUUGAGCGAUUACGUUCAGAGUUCUACUGGAUCGGGUUGUACGCUGAUGUACAGAAAUUGUGCGUCAGCCAAGGGGCGACCACCGGUUAACGGACCAUCACCGGGCAAUAUCGAACCAAGAUAUCCGUUCGAGGUGGUCUCUAUGGAUUUCGUCACUGAGCUACCUGAGUACGAUCGUGCAAAUACUUAUUUGUUGUUGUUCCAAGAUCAAUUCUCAGGAUAUGUCAUGCGUAAACCCAUGCGGAAUACUGAAGCCCAAGAUGUCGCCGAGGCAUACGAAGCAGACCUUCUGAAAAGUAAGCAACGUGCGACGUUAGGAUACCGACCUCAGGCCAACGGACAGCAAGAACGCUCAGUCCAAGCGGUAAUGCGAAGUGUCAGAGCGUAUUUCGCCGAAGUGGACCAGACUGACUGGGACGAGCAUGCAGACCGUCUCAUGUUCGCCCUGAAUACCUCGUUUGAUGUUGCAAGGUUGGACACUCCGUUCUACCUGGUCCAUGGGAACCAACUCUGCGAUGCUGGGUCCGAAGCCAUCCACAGUCCAAGAACGAAAAGUCUUGGAAUGGCGUCGGAAGGUGCAACGGACUAUAGUUAUGCUCUCGCAUGCGCUGAAGACUUGCAAGAGAAGGCAAAGCGUUUGGUUCACCUGUGGCACGGACCCUUCCGAAUCGAUGAAAGUCAUGAUGACUUCAAGGUCAAGCUCAAGGUCCCCGGCACGGGUUACCGUGUGAAUCCGUUGGUCCCCAUGAGCCGCCUCAAACCGAGAGCGUUGUUCCCUAAGCGAGAUACAACUUUGUUACCCAAGGAUAGUUGGGAGCCCGUCACUGCUCAGGGUGAGUAUAAAGUCGAAGAGAUCCUGGAUCUCAAGUGGAUUAAACGGACAAGGACCUCCAAGCGUUCUCGAGAAUAUCUGAUCAAGUAG